AUGUUUAUAAUAAAAUUGAAUACUGUAAUAAUAAACGUACUCACCUGUUUCGUCUGUAAUGUGCCGCGUUCCGUAGCGACCGGUUCGCGCAUACUUGGGCUAUUCGCCACUUAUUCCAAAUCGCAUAUGCUGCUGCAUUGCACCGUCGCCGAGCAGUUGGCGCGCGUCGGACACGACGUCACCGUGAUUGGUAUUAUCGAAAAUGUUUAUCCGAAUGUCGCAUACAAAUAUAUACACCUGCAGCUGCCGGAUGGCGGUAUUAUAGAUGACAAAACGCUAAACAGUCUGAUUAAUACUCGGCACUCGUUUGUAAAGAGCUUAUUUGUGACAACCGCAGAAUACCUGCGUAUGGCAAACGAGACGCUGUGGCAGCCGAAAAUGCAUGGGCUUGGCGACGCAUUUUCAAUGUCCAAUUGUGGUUUUGUGGGUAGUGCAACCGGCAUUGCAAAUCAACGGUUUUGUUGGUAAUCCACUAGAAAUGGCAUAUGUA